UCAGAAUGACAGAGAUAAAUACGGGUCAGCUGGUCAUGUGUUGGCGCUGAUCUGGAUAUCCUGGUUUGGCAGGCUCAGCAGCUCACCUAUUAUUGAGCUCAUUAUCUCCGCAUACCUUACCAACAUUUCUCUGAGGGAUCCCCAGGGGGCCUCCAAAAACUUUAAUACCCUCUUUCCUGUGGGUAUAUAGAGAAGCUAUUUGCUUCACUGCAGCAGCACGCCGCUGACAGACACUAACAUUAAGGGGAACCUCAACAUAGAAAGAAGCGCUCAGAGAUGCCAACCAGUGCUCCCAGUAAGAGAAUCAUGCCGGGAAAUGGAAAAUCUGGGGCAAAACCUGAAGUAAGAAAAGAUUCAGCCUCUCCAACAGAAAAAAUCCCAGACUAUGAGCCCAACAUCCCUGAGCCCACAUGCAGAGCUGACCUUCUGAAACACUGGGUCGACCUUUCCCUGGAUGACAAGACAGCCAAUAAGAUGCUGUGGAUCACACAGGGUGGAUCCAAGGUGUCCCGCAUGACUGAUGAUGUCACCUGUCCUGUCCUGGAUGGACCAGAGAGAUAUGAGCAUACCCCCCAGGUAGGUUUUUUAAGUGUUAAUCCAGAUGUGCUUUUUUCCUGCACUCAAGUAAUUUCAUCCUGUCCUUUUCUCUUAAAGGUUCUCUGCAAAGAGAGAAUCUUUGGCUUCCGAGCUUAUUGGGAGAUGAAAUAUUCAGGCUGGGUGGUCGCCGGAGUCGCCUACGAAGGGGCAGGGAGGAGGGGCAGCGACGGACAAUGUGGGUUUGGAGAGAACGAUCAGUCCUGGGGUCUUGGGUGGGGUGGAUGCCGCUACCAGGUGUGGUUCAAUGGCAAUAACUCAGAAAUCUGGGACAUACCCGAGUGCACCACAAUCGGGGUGUACCUAGACCAGCCAGCCGGGGUCAUGAGUUUUUAUGCCGUAGAAGAAGCAAAGGAGGGAGAGGAGGGCGAAGUGAGGCUGCUGCACCGGAUCAAGAGCUCCUUCAAGGGGAGGAUGUUGCCUGGCUUCUGGGUGGGACAAAAGUCCUCAUGUUUCCUAGUGAAACACGGGGAAUAAAAGGAGUCCAUAUCUGUUUCAUUUCCAACUUACACAUCCGAAACAUAAAAUAUGUCUCACUGCAACACAAGUUGAUGCAAGACAAACUAUUCUAAAACAAAAAUGUGUGUACAAAGAAACACGUCUUAGUAAAGAAGGUGCUAUUUGUAUAAGAGUUGAUGUGUUAUUUUGUUCAAACUGAAUGUUUAGUAUGUCUAAGUGGUGUCAUAUGUUCAUAUAUGUGUAUAUCUGAUGUCUAUUGUAUAUUCGGG